CUCUGUUCUUCUCAGUCAGACUCGCUGUGAAAAAGCUCUGGUGCUUCCUCACAGGAGCCACUUCCAACAGAUGGAGACCUUGUUGACCUUAGCUUUUGCACUAUGCGUUCUCUUGCCGCUUGGUCAUGGAGUGCCACCAGGCUUCCAGGUGCGUCUGGCAGGCGGGUCAGGAGCGCACGAGGGCCGUGUGGAGGUAUUUUAUAACGGUGCAUGGGGCUCGGUGUGCGACGACGAGGUGGAUAUCAACCUGGCUAAUGUGGUCUGCCGAGAACUCGGUUAUAGACAAGGUUUAACGUGGGCACACAGUGCCAAAUUUGGACAGGGUCAAGGUCCAAUUUGGUUGGACAAUGUGGCGUGCAAAGGCACAGAGUCAUCACUCGCUGACUGUCGCUCUAAUGGCUGGGGUGUAAAUGACUGCAGCCAUGCUGAAGACCUGGGGGUUGUGUGUAGCCAAGACGGCCCACGCCAGGGCCAUUUACCCCGCUACAGUGAAUCCACACAACCUUCAGUCCUUGAACCUCGCUCACCAGAGAGCACAUCUAGCAGACGAGGGCAUGAGAUUGCCUUGAACAGAAACCCAGCCCGUGGUUCUCCAGCCUCCUCACCACAACUGCAAGGCCAUCAGAUCCAAUUGCGCAGGAAUGGCUAUGAACAAGCAGCCUCACGAAGGCAAGAAAACUCUGUGCCACAAGGCCAUGAGCUGCCCAAUUACCUACGCAGUGGGGCAUCAUACAGACGCAAUCAGGACAGUCAAUCAAGACCAGUGGCCCAGUCAUCUGGCGCCGGGAGAGCCGGAAAUCCACAGUCAGGUCCAUUGACCAGGUCUGAACAGUCAGAUCCCUAUGUAGAAUAUGACAACAGAAUGAACACUGAUUUUACAAACACAGUGGAACAGAGUGUAGGAAGAGGCAGUUUGGAAGAGGUUCGACUCCGCCCAGUUUUGCCUGGGACUCGGGGUGCUGCUAUGGUAACGGAAGGGGUGCUUGAAGUGAAGCAUGCUGGGAGAUGGAGACAUGUGUGUAACCUUGGCUGGGAUCUGAGCAGCAGCAGGGUGGUGUGUGGGAUGCUGGGAUAUCCCAAAGCAGAGCAACAUGAUGAGCGCUUGUACAGGAAACAGUGGGAAUCCAAAAUUAUGGAUCCAGCCACACGGACCACUGUCAGCAAGAAGGGUUACUGGGUGGAGAAGGUGAAGUGCUCAGGAGCUGAGACCUCCUUGGCACAAUGUCAGACACAGCUGUCUUUUGCACGUAGUGAAGUGCCAUGUAAUGGUGGGAUGCAUGCUGUGGUGCGUUGUGUGCCUGGUCCGCAGUUCUCCCGCCUGUCCCCCUCUGGACAUCCUCAAGCUCCACAUUCCUCUCAGGCAGUACGCCUAAAAGCAGGCCCCAGGCUUGGAGAAGGACGUGUCGAGGUGCUGAAAGAGGGAAAAUGGGGGACGGUGUGCGAUCACCUUUGGGACCUGAAGGCUGCCAGCGUAGUGUGUAGGGAGCUGGGCUUCGGCACUGCCAAAGAGGCCCUGAGAGGUGCAUACUUGGGCCAAGGUACGGGUCCCAUCCAUAUGAACUCAGUGCAGUGUACUGGCCAGGAGAGCUCCAUAAAGCAGUGUAAGUAUCGGGAGGUUCCACUGUAUACCUGCAAACACAGCCAGGAUGUUUCUGUUCGCUGCAACGUUCCCAAAACUGGCCUGUCAGCUACGGUGCGUUUGGCAGGAGGGAGAGAUGCCUUCGAGGGCAAGGUGGAGGUUUUGAUCGAUGGGCGCUGGGGAACAGUUUGCAGUGAGAAUUGGGGCAUUAAUGAGGCCAUGGUGGUCUGCAGACAGCUUGGCAUGGGCUUUGCAUCCUCAGCUCACCAGGAGACUGCGUACUGGGUUGGUACCCCAGAUGCAGGGGACGUGAUUCUCAGCGGGACUCAUUGCAUUGGGACAGAGAUGUCAAUCCAGCAGUGUAGGAGAAACGGUCAUGUGUACUGUAAUCGAGGGGGUGGAAUCAGAGCGGCUGGUGUAACCUGUGCUGAAACUGCACCAGACUUGGUGUUGGACUCUCAGCUGGUCCAGGAGUCGGCAUACCUGGAGGAUCGUCCUCUUCACCUGCUCACCUGUGCCCAUGAGGAGCGCUGCCUCUCGUCCUCAGCCGCCCACAUGAACUGGCCCUACGGCCACCGGCGCUUACUUCGCUUCUCCUCACGGAUCAUGAACCUUGGACGUGCAGACUUCCGGCCACGAGCUGGACGUGAUUCCUGGGUCUGGCACCAGUGCCACAGACACUACCACAGCAUUGAGGUGUUCACACACUACGACCUCCUGACCAUGAAUGGCACAAAGAUCGCAGAGGGACACAAAGCCAGCUUCUGCCUGGAGGAUACAUUCUGCCCUGAGGGCCUGCACAAGCGAUAUGCCUGCUAUAACAUGGGGGAUCAGGGCAUUUCAGUGGGAUGCUGGGAUACGUAUCGCCAUGACAUUGACUGCCAGUGGAUCGAUGUGACUGAUGUCAGGCCUGGAGACUAUAUCUUACAGGUGGAGGUGAACCCCUCACUGGAUAUGGCCGAAUCUGACUUUGAGAAUAAUGUGAUGCGAUGCAGAUGCAGGUAUGAUGGUGGAAGAGUCUACUUGUACGGAUGUCAUACAGGUGGCGCGUACAGCGCAGAGGUUGAGGACCUGUUUGAACACCAGCGUCAGAUUUCGAACAACUUCCUCUAAUCAAUGUCAGAGGAACCAGAAAAGCAAAAACUCUCCUUCAUCAUCCUCUCACCCUGCCUUUGGACAGAGGGGAAGGAGAAGGAGAAGGCGGAUAAAGCAAACAGAUUAUAGGCUGUGGGGUUUCUAGAGAUUUAUUUAAGUUUUCUUGUCAGUCAGGUAAAGGUGCUGAAGUAGGACCAGGUCCAGUAUUUUGGGUAACUUUAAUCCCAGUUAUUUUCCCUCUCACUAACUAAUCCUGUUUAUAAUCUGGAUGGAGUAUGCUGUGGCAAUGAUGUAUGAAUGAACCAAUUCGAUCUAUUAAUAACAGUUCUGUUGUGAAUGAGUAAAGCUGGUUUUUAGAAUAUUAGAUUCAAUUAUUAUGCAAGUAGAAUAGAGUAAUAAGAUGGGGAUGUAGGAAGUACAGUAUGUGCAUGGACAUCUUUUGCCAUGACACGCCAUAUCUGACUAUCCCCAAGCAAACAGAAAGAAUAUGCAAGGAGAACUGGAACGUUCAGAUGUCCUCCCUUGCCAUCAUGUUAUUGUUGCUGUGGCAACAAGUGAAUCUUUUUAGUCUCUAAAAAUAUCACUUACUUUCUUUAGAUUCAAAGCGCUACUUGACCACUGGUCCACACCCUAAGAAAACAGCAAAAACAAAUAUCAACACCAGUAGAGCUAAUAAAUAAAUCCACUUUCUGCAUUUGUCACAGCUCAAAGCAUUUUGCUUUUGAACACUGAUUUUCAAAAAACAUGAUCACAAAAUUUCUUUGGUAUUCUUUCACAUGCAUUGCUUGCAUCCUCUAGAUAUUCCAUGGCCUGACCCUUUAAAGGUUUAAGUUCCUCAUAUUUAUUCCAACUUCAAUGUCAGUUCCAAAAAAAGUAAAAUUUCUUCUUUACAUAAUGAAACAACCCAUAAUUAGUACAGCCUAGUCUAGAAGCAGACAUCUCAUAGCAUUUUCUACCUUUAUUCACAGCUUUGCUUAGGCCAUUAGCUGGUAUUUAAAUCCUGAUCUUUUGACCCCUAAAUAAUAUAUCUGAACACACAACUGAUAGUUAUACGUUAAAAUGUUCCGGUCAUGUACUUGUGAUCUCACAGCCACCCAAUAACGUCUGUGCCCAGGUACAACCCUAUGGGACUUGUCAUAGUUUAUGCGUUUUAUAACACAUGGUGCUCGACUAGGGAAUGCGCAGAAUCAAAUCAUAUCCUCAUAGAUCCACGGCUGUGUCGGUGCUACGUUUGAUCAUUUGAUAAGUAUGUAUGUGCUUCAUCGCAGAUGUAUUGUCAUGUACAGAUUUAUUUGAAAUCAUGAUUUAUAUAUAUUAUGGUCUGUAAUUUAUGACCUUUUGAUACUUUUUUUUUUGUUAUUGAAAUUUUAUCUCAGUGAAAAACAGUGGGUCAGUGAAUUUUA